AAAAUCUUAAUGCGACAAAGGCGACGUCUGAGCAAUCACCAACAGCCUCAUGCUCUUAAAUACUCUCCAAAGUCAGGAGAAAAUCGAUCAGAUUUAUCUCUCCUACGAAAUAAAAAAUCGCAAGAUUUAAUAGGCAACAGAUUAUCUCGAAAGACCAGCCCCAGGAGAUAAUUUCGAGAGUAGAGUCUUUAGCAACACCGAGAUUUGAACAUGGCCGAUGAGGAAGGUGUCCCUGUACAGGAUAACACAGAGCUGGAAAAUAUAAAUAUAAAGACCGAAGAUUUAUCAGAGUCUCCUGAUGAAAUAAAAGGGACUUCAGAGCCCGUAUCUCCUCCAGCAGAAGAUACAUUAGAGGAAAAUGGAAGAGAUAGAGUUGUGAAGAAUGAAGUAGCUGCUUUCACAACUGAUGGGGAGAUGUCUUCGGAGAACAAAGAACCAGAAAAUGUAGAAACAGACAAAGCUGCACCAACAGCUAUUAAUGCUAGAACAUCCGACCAAUCUAUUUCUUUUGAAUUGGCUGAGGUAGUGCAAAUACACACUGGACAACGUACAGAUUCUGUCGUCAGUUCGCUCCCCAUGACAGACACCGGAAUAAUAGAGGAAAUGACCAAAACCCGUGAAAGAUGCAAAUUGAUAGAGAACGAGAUCUAUCAUUUAAAAAGGGAAUUGGCAGAAUCGCAACAAAAGAAAGAUCUAACGGAGGACGAUAAAUUAAUUAUGGACACCAAAACUGAACAAGUAGUGUCUAACAUGGCUGAAUUAGAAUACCUUACCGGGAAGGUUGAGAGAAUGUUGGGGCUCUCAGACCCCACAAGCGAGGAGUUGGCGAAAGCAUUCGAAAUGUUCCCUGAACCCCCUCAUCAUAGAAACCAGAAAAAACAUAUUGAGGAUUUCACAAAUAAAGCGUCUCUCACCUGUAAAGAUAGAAUCAGAGAUGAAGAAUCGCAACAUAAAUUUAAUACAUUUGUUGGUUCAAGGACAUCUAGUGAUGAUCAAUUUGACGUGCCACCCACGGCUUUUCCUGAAGAUAGUCUCCCUCGGGUUAUUGUCUGCGGUUACACUGAGGAUAAUAUUCCAAAAAUUGUCGUUGCUGACAGUCAGCGAAAGCCUCGAAUUGACGAAAUGCAAAAUCUCAAAAGCAUCACAGGAAAAUUAACAGAAGCAUUGAACAGGCAGGAAAAAUUAGCUCAAGAAAAUGCCCACUUGGAGGGUAAUAAAUACAAAUUACAAGAAGCUCUACUUGAAAAGGACACCGAUGUUGACCUCUUGCAGAGGAAAGUAUGUGGCCUCCAGAAGGAAAUGCAAUUUAAAAUAAAAGAGAAUGAAGGGUUAAAGCGACAAUUAGUAUUCCUCAAUGAAUGCAUCGCUAAUCCAACUUGCUGCACUAGUCAAGAUAAUUCUUCCAGAAUAUCGAAUAAACCAAGAGCAGAUAAAGAAAGUUACGGUUGUUCAACUGCGCGCUGGGCAACAUCUGAAAGACAAUCUGUUUGUGAUAGUCCACGCCUCGGUGGCGGCGGUAGUUCAGAAAAAAAUCUAAGUGUUCCAAAAAUAAAUAUGGGCUGUAGAAAUCCUGCACUCAAUUCUGGAGCAAUCCUCGGGAAUUCUCCAACUCGCAGCCCAUGUCCCGCUGAGAUCGAAGACAAACUGAAGAAUUAUGAAACUAGCACCAAGCAACUAGAACAGCAAUUGGGUUUUAUGGAAUCAGAUGUUGGUAGUAUGAAGAUGGAAUUGGCUAAUCUCCAACGAGAGAGACAACAAUUAGAACAACAGAGGAAAUUAUUAAAGUGCACAGGGCCCUGCGCCCCUUGCCCAUGCCCUUCUCAAGAUUCUACCCAAAUGCAUCAAUCGACGACAGGCCUUCCUGGAGGAUAUGAUGGGCAGAUUCUGUCAAAAAUCAGUCCAGUCAUGAGUAGUGCGUGCUCUGGAAUCUGCAUAGACCAACCACCGGGAACUAGCAACUGUCCACAACAACAGUUGCGUGAUCUUCGAGAGCAAUACGCUCGCCUUCAAGAGGAUUAUAAGAAUAAACUUUGCGAAGUGUCCUGCCUCCGUACAGACUCGGAAAAAAUAAAACGAGAAUGCCGCGAAGCCCGAGAUGCCCAAGAAAAAAUGGAAAAUCGUCUGAUUGAUCUUCAAGAGCGUUUUAAAAAAAUUGAAUCAGAACGAAAUAAAUUCGGGGGUAGCAGAGAACAAAUGAUUGAAGAUAAACAUCGUCUGAUGGUGACGGAGCAACGUCACAAAGAAUCUCUCGAGGAGCUCGAAGAGUUGAGACUCUCGAAUCAGGAAUAUCUACUUCAGCUCGAAGACUACCGAAAUAAAUAUUUGAAGGCUCAGGAAACUGUGGAAGAGCAGACGAGACAGCUGGACAUGAUGGAAAUGGAUAACGCGAGGAUGAAUGAAAAUGUUACACUAGAAAUUGGACGAGUGAAGAAUCAAUUUCAGGAGAAGUUGGCGGAAUUGGCACCCCUCCCUGAAAUUCUUAAGCAGUCACAGUUGAAGCUACAAGAGUCCCAGCAGAUGCGAGCGGUGGCUGAACGAAACUGCGAUGAGUUGGAUAGAGAACUUUUGAUGGCUAAAGAUAAAAUUGGAGCGUUAUCGAGUCAGUUGGAUAAUCUACGCAGUGAAAAUUCUAUUCUUAAGGGUGAAAAAGGCUCGGGAUCAGAUCGUUUAGACGAUCUUGAGAACAAAAUCAGUGAAUUGAGAAAUGAAAACGAACGUCUCAAGAACGCGGUAUCCCGAUUCGAAGAACGCGAAGCCGAAAACGAGGAAAAAUUAGAACAGAAACUUCACGAGAUUAUCCAAUUGAGCUCGGAAAAUGAUUUAGUCCGGCAGGAUGCAGCUAGACAGGUGGCGAGGACAAAGGAAAGGUGUGAAACAAUUCGUAGGACUAUGCAAGAUCAAAUUGGGGAUAUGGAAAAGCAGUUGGCGCAGUGCAGGGCAACAGCAAAAGCUGCGCAAAAAGAUAGAGACGAAAUUCGUCAAAAAAUGCAAGGACAAAUUAAUCGUCUCAGUGAGUCCUUCGAACAAGCGCAGGGUCGUAUUCGAACCCUCCAAGGUCAUGUCAACUAUUUGAAAACAUCAUAUAGUAAUGUUUUCAGUGACCCUACCCAUGGAGAUGGCCCAACGUCUCCAUUAACCCAAGAUAAUAUGAGUCCUAACCUAUACGAUGCAUGUGAUUGCAAUUCAUAAACUUCCUCUCCCCGAAUAAAAUCGUCAAGGUUUCAACAAGUUUUUUUUUUAUAGAAAAAAUAAAUAUUUCAUCUUACGAAAUCUUUUGUGAAUGGACUUUAGCUUUUGAAUAAAUGCUCAUUUCUUUCAUAAAA